GCAGCACGCCGCGCACAUUUCCGUUUCCGCCGCCGCCAGGUUCUUCCAGCCGUGGCCGCGUCGUGGUUCGUGUCUUCGCACCAUGUCCGGUGGCCUCCUGAAGGCGCUGCGCAGCGACUCCUACGUGGAGCUCAGCGAGUACCGGGACCAGCACUUCCGGGGGGACAAUGAAGAACAAGAAAAAUUACUGAAGAAAAGCUGUACAUUAUAUGUUGGAAAUCUUUCCUUUUAUACAACUGAAGAACAGAUUUAUGAGCUCUUCAGCAAGAGUGGUGAUAUAAAGAAGAUCAUCAUGGGUCUGGAUAAGAUGAAGAAAACGGCCUGUGGCUUCUGUUUUGUGGAAUACUACUCGAGAGCAGAUGCGGAGAAUGCUAUGCGGUACAUAAACGGAACCCGUCUGGAUGACCGGAUCAUACGCACAGACUGGGAUGCAGGCUUUAAGGAGGGCAGGCAGUAUGGACGUGGACGGUCUGGGGGUCAGGUUCGAGAUGAGUAUCGGGAGGACUACGAUGCUGGGAGAGGCGGCUAUGGCAAGCUGGCACAAAAACAGUGAGUGGUGAGAGCCCCAAGUACACAGCUCACUCUGUUGAUGAACAUUACCCAAGGUCUGAGCAGUAUCUCUGUUGCACUGGAAGCCACUUCUGGUUUUCCUCACAACUAUUAAAGACAGAAUCCAAAAGAAUGCCUUUAAUUCUAGUCUUAUUAGGUUGAUUUUUCUGUUACUAGGUCAAACCCGUAAUCCUGGGCAACAGACUCAAUCUGUGCCAAUUAAACUGUCAGCCGGAUACCAUAUGUCCUUUAGGGAGACUGGAAAAUGUCAGAUUUGACUUUACAAGUAGGUUGGUAAUCUUCAUGGAAAGUGAAAUGAUUUUAAGUUUGCAUGUGUAUUGCUGAGGUUUUGCUAUAGUCUGUAGCUUUGCUCUAAAUUGGAACAGGUGUUUGUCAACUGGAUUUGCUUUUUUUUCUUUUGGUUUUUCGAGACAGGGUUUCUCUGCUGUCCUGGAACUCCCUUUGUAGACCAGGCUGGACUCGAACUCAGAGAUCCGCCUGCCUCUGCCUCCUGAGUGCUGGGAUUAAAGGCGUGCGCCACCACCGCCUGGCUGGAUUUGCUUUUUAUAUUGAAAAUAUAGUUGGCACAAAAGGCAGCCUUAAGUUGUCUGUCUGCUUCUGUGCUUUGUAUGUCAGGACUUUGUAUGAAGUGUUCACUAAACACAUUCCGCAAAAUUUACAAAUGUUUCACUGACAGUUUAAAACAAGAAACAACCCCCUAAAACAAACAAACCCCCAAACCCCAAGGACACUGCUGUGCAGAGAGCCUCUGCUGUCCUAAGGAGUGGGGGAAGGGGGAGACAUUGUCAGUAGGCAAUGGGAUGACAGUUCAGACACCACCUUGACAUGGAAACUGCUCUUGGGGCCUUAGGUUAUUUCCUCCUGCUUUAUAAAUGACCUUCGAGUUAAUCGGGCUUUAAAAAGGGGCUUCAGCCAGGCCUAUAAUCUUGGCUAUUUGAAAGGCUGAAGCAAGAAAAUCACAAGUUCAAGGCCAGCCUGGGAACCUUUUGAGUCUGCCUCAAAAUAGAAACAGAAAAUGGGCAGGGGGAGAUACAAGGCACGGUGGUUAAGUACUCAUGUGAGUGGUCCUAAGGUUUAGUCCUCACAACUGCCUAAAUCAAGAGUUUGCGAACUGUGAGUGUUUAAGAACAAAAAGCCUCUUCCAGGAACUGUCUGGUUUUUUGUUUGGUUUUGAGAUUUUGAGACAGGGUUUUCCUGUGUAACAGUCCUAGCUUUCCUGGAACUAGCUCUUAUAGACCAGGCUGGCCUGGAACACACAGGGAUUCACCUGCCUCUGCCUCCCGAGUGCUGGGAUUAAAGGCGUGCGCCACCACAGCCCGGCCAGAACUUUUUCUUUCAAAUCGUGCCUGCCGUGGUCCAUGCAUUCAUAGUAAGCUGGAGGUCUUUAGAAAGGGAGUCUAGAAAAUUUUGCAUUUUCUUUCUAAUAUUGCAUAUGAAUAAUUUUUCAUGAUUAAAGGGAAAUCUUUCAUCUGUUAUUUUUUUCUUACUAGUUUUUCAAGGUUUGUGCAGAACACCUUUGAGGCUGCAUUAAAAAUGGUUUUCUUGGAGCUGUAACAACUAUAAUGGAACAACUUAGGAAGCAAACAAUGAGAUACUUGAGUUUUAAAAUAAAGCUUUUAUAUUGUAGUUUGAACUGUUUAUCUUAUAUUCUUUUGUAGUAAAAUAUAACUUAGAUUUUUACAGUCUUAUGACCCAAAACCGUGGGGAUUUUAUCUUCUGUAACAAGUUUCAAUAAAUUUAGACCAACUUA